AUGUCAGUAGCAAACCGAAGUGUCGAUACUUUUGCUGAGUUCUUCAUGAUACUACAAAGAAUACGGCAGCAGUGGCGUGAGCCAAAGCUGCACCUCCAGGCUGCGUCUUGGACAGUCCGCGAUAUUCAGAUGACGAACUCCGUUCCAGUGGCGAAGGAGAGCAUGCACGACGUUCCAUACAUCCGACCGGUCCCCACCAGUGCAAGCUCACAGCCCUGGACUCCCGUAUACCAUAUGGACGCCGAGGAGCCCGAGGACUUGAUUACGGCCCUGUCGAUGAAUCUGGAUGUCAAUGAGCUCGAUGCUGGAGUCCAUUCAGCUGUUGAUAGGAAGAAUGUUGAGGGGAAUAGACAGCGUCCAUCCCUGCCAUCGAUACGAGAAUGGGAUGUGACCGUGCGAGUCGACUUGAACAUUAAUGAGAAUAUAUCUGAGCAGUAUAGGGAGUCAGAUACCAAGACAGAUGGCUUUGUAUGA